AUGGAUACUCAUCAUCAUCAUCAUGCCUUAUUCAUCAACAAAUGCUCUUCUACUCUACCCCCACGCUAUUCAUAUGACUUGCAACAACGACGAAGGAACUCGUUACAGCCUCCUUCAAGCAGACAGCGACCUUUAUCCUUGUCCUUGACCAAUCGCACCGAUCUCAACAAUCGCAUUGCAGAUAGCUUCCAAGAGUUCUCGACAAUGUUGCAGCAGUACUCGGUUCCACAACCAAAGACACCUCCUCCACAAAAAAGAACUGUCAAUGCACGAGAAUCACGUUGGUCGGUGGCAUCGCUCCCAUCGGUAUCGUCCACAAGCACAGCAGUGUCAUCGUUGUCGUCAUCGUCAUCAGCGUUCUCGUUGCCUGUUUCGCCUACAACUACGUAUAUCAAGACCAAGCCUGUGGAACAAGAAGAGCAGCAUAGUUACCAGCACCAGUCUAAUGAAUUAAGCGUGCAUCCACUUUCAAAUGCAGACGGCUGUAAUAAGCGGGGAAGCAAGAUUGUGCAGCGCUUGGUCCGUGCCGCAUGCCAGGGUGAUCUUACUACUGUCAAUACUAUCAUCAACAAGGAACGUACGAUUCAAGUCGAUGAUUCAUUGAAUGAGCAUGGAUGGACCUGUUUGAUGUGCGCUGCAUGCUUUGGACAAAUCCCAAUUGCACGGGCUCUAUUGGAUGAUGUCGGUGCAAGCAUUGAUAUACAAGAUAAAAAAGGAUGGACUGCACUUGUAUGGGCCACGUCGCGUCGACAUAAUCAAGACAUGGUUCACUUUUUACUUGAGAGAGGAGCUUCAUACUCAAUACGAUCCCUGGCUGGUUAUUCUAUAUAUCAACUUGCAAAUUCGGAUAUGGCGCUACUUUUACCUCGUCGUGAUGCACAUACCAAACGACCUAGACAACCACAACGACGACAAACUGAACCAGCAAACAUCAAGGAUCAACAAAAGAUAUCCUAUUACAGCGCCGAUAUGUACAGCUACAACAACAAUGAUGAUGAUGACGACGAUGAUGGUGGCGGUGGUAGUGAUGGACAUAUUGCAACACCCAAAGUGGAUGAUAUAGAUGCAUGGGAAAGCACGCUUCAAUCGUCAUAUCGAUUUGAUUGGGACAAAUGCCGCCCUGAUCAAAUGUUUGUCUUUUGCGAGGAUGAUACGACACACAUCAUUGAUACCAUCAUUUCAGAUAUCAAGCUCCCAUUACAAUCACACGAGGAUCUCUGGAUACCUUCCAAUGUCGUAUAUCUUUGUUGUCGUUUCUCACACAAUCACUCCAUGAAAGAGCUUACCCAACAAUUCCUACGAUCGGCAAUUACUCGUUUUGGCAAGGUAGCCAAGGCCAACACCCGUAACCUGCAUUCACUUGCUUUUUGGAUAUCCAACCUUUACCAAUUGCUCGUGUAUUUGAGACGUGAUACCAAGCUUGCAGUCAGCACAUGGGAGGAACAACAACAAAUCCAAGCACUUGUUAUUGAUAUCUUCGACAAUCAUUUACGAUCUUAUUGCGAACGCUUAUUGGAUAAGACAAUCGAGUCUACCAUGUUGGAUUAUGAAGAAGCUUGUGGAUUGGAACCUGUGGAAUACGUGGAUGAUCGUAGCUGGCAACGACGAAUGAGCUUUCGACGAAGAAGUAGCAGCAUCACACCACCGAGUACAAUCAUCACAUCUCUCACAUCCCUCCUUGAGACUUUGACAUCCUAUCGCAUCCAUCCUGAUAUCCAACACCAGCUCAUUGCCCACUGCAUCAAUUAUAUUGUCAAUGAAGUCUUUGAUCGUAUGAUUAACAACAAGAAGCAUCUAAGUCGAUCCAAAGCUAUUCAAGUGCGCAUGAACGUGUCUACUUUGGAAGAAUGGGCUCGAACACACCAGCUGGCUUCUCUUUUUCGGCGUAUUACUCAACUCCUUCAAUUCCUUCAAUGCGUUUCACAGCUCCAUGAACUUCAAGUCUUUCAAGAUACCGUACGCCAAUUUGAUCUUUUGACACCAUAUGAAAUACGCCACAUUGUACUCAACUAUCGUUAUGAGAUUGGAGAACCACAAUUACCAUCCACUAUGCCACAGCUGUCCAAGGACUUGCACAAUACCCGCGGAGGAGAAGACAAUGACCAAGAUAAAGCCCGCAUCCCAUUUACCCUGCCACCCAUUGAUAUUAUGAGCAAACGAAGACAUGAUGAUUUCCCCCAUAUCCCUGAACGUUGGGUCAUUAGGCUAGAUAGUAAAUAA